AUGCAAGCUACUGCGGGACGGCGAAUGGGCGUCCACUCCGAGAUGCCGUAUUCAUUCCCAGGAACGGCCUGGCAAAAGACCAUGGGUGGACACGGUCAGUCAAGGGUCUCAAAGUGCGUCCUCGUUGUCGACGAGCGAGUGAAGGCGAUUUGGAGCCCAAUGCUGCUCCACACCUACGAUGUCUGA